AUGAAUGGAGGCGUGCGCCUACAGGAGAGACGACAUUUCCAGUUUAGCUACGAGGAGAAUGGCGACAGCAAUGGCAUGCCGGUAAUAACUCUAGAAGUAAUGUCAGACAGCUCCAACAUCGAGCUCUGUCCCGACGGCAACUCCAGCGAUGCGCCCUCCAGCGCGCCUGAUGUCGACUCGCAUCAUCCCGCUGUUCACUUCUUAACUAUAAAAAAAUGUCAUUCUGAAGACAUUUCUGACAAUGAAAACUUAGAUGACAAGGAACAAGAGGCAAAUGAAAAUUCGAAGUCUAGAAACGAGCUCUUGGAGUACAUGACUCGGAACGACGGCAGCGUAGUCUGCAAGCUGUGCGGCGAAAUCCUGCAAAGCCGGACGCAUUGGUACAGACACAAGUACAAACGGCACGUCAUCCAGCCGUUGAAUCCAGCGCCACUCUUCCAAUGUGAACAAUGUCUGGUGUUCUUUAAAAGCAGGAAAGGCUACAUUGGGCACCUAUCAAGCAGACAUAGUGAGAUUCUGACCGACCCAAGUCCCGUGAUAACCCGAACAGUGUCCGAGGUACCGGAGAAGCUGCCUAUGUCCCCCGUCGUGGUGAAACGCGAGCCGGAGGCCGAGGCUGCCCCGUCCCCAGCCCACCCCGCCUGCCAAGCCCCUGUUAAACAAACAUCGACUAAAACUGAAUCAAAGAGAUUAAAUAAGGUUAACAAAGAUAAUCGAAAUAAAGAAGAUUGGGAAGAGAAGCGGUAUAGAGAGGAGAAGUUGGUGGCAGACAUCAUAGACCGCGUCAAGAGAGAAUGUGAGGCGCAGGGGGGCAACAGCGGCGCGCGGCGCGGCUACACGCGGCGCACCACCGUCAUGCACACGUAGCAGUCCCGCGCUCGGCCCGCCUCAACGCCGCCGUCGACGUGAACCUGCAGUCAUCUUUAACGCUGUACGCUGUACGUUUGGUUGCCGAGCUGAUAUUGUAAGGAACGCCGCCGACUGUCAUCGUCGACAAUCCCUGUAGGCACUAGUUUGAAUAGGGCCUAAUUGUAUACCUAAAUUCCUUAAAAGGUGUCGAUCAGCAUCGUAAAAAUAUUACUUACCAUUUUACAAGGGAUAUAUGGACUAAAUUGUUAGCGAGAAUAAAAUAGAAACCUGACAGAGAAGAUGAAAAAUCUUUAGGUAUACUUAUACUUAGGUAGUUAGGUACCUCCUUACUAUAGUAUAAUAAAUCUACCGUUGUAACUGAGCCUUUGGGAAUACCAGAUCCUAUCCGUUACUAGGCCUAUUGCGAUACAUUCGUUGUGAUUACAUAUGUUUAGUGUGUAAGUAAACUGUGCCGAUAUAUACUAUAUGCCACUGUUGAAAUUAAGGUGCCAAAAACUUGUCCAGAUUGUACAUAGUUUAGUAAGUAAGUAUAUAGUAUGAUAGAAAUAUUGUUGAUGUCAUGAAAGCUGACUAAGUCGUGCAGACGAUGCGAUUGUAAAAACUGGAGGUACAUUCGACGCCAAAGACAUGUUUACACUUGGACCUUACUCGUUUGUAAUAAGGUGAAAAACGUAAACAUAUCUUUAACGUCGACUGUUCAUGAACGGGGUUUGAAUCUUAUUCGCUCAACGCGUCAACAACGCGUGAGGACUAAAUUGUCGUAGGUGUCGUUAAACUCCUAAUUGUUAUCUAUGGUAUAUUAGAUAAAUUAAUUUAAUAAUACUCACUUUUAUGAAUAGGAUAUUUUGUAAUAUAUGUUGUGAUAAUGCUCAAAAUUUUAGUCGUAUAAACGUAACAAUGUCAUUUAAAAAACAGAAAAACUAACUGUCCAUGAG